AUGGGUAAUUGCUGCUCAUACUAAAAUCCACCAACAUAUCUUAGUAACCAUAAUACACCUGAUCAUUUAAGUGUUGAGGAGAGUCUUCAAUAAUUAAUUAAUGCCAUCACUCCUCGAGUAUAUGAAACUUAAGAAUAAUUUAUUAUUUUGAAUCCAUUAAUCUUGGCUACUAUGGAAAAAUUGAAGAAGAUUGUUGUAAAAGAUUCUCCUCAUUUCAAAAUGUAAGACUUAAUUUCUAUAAAUGGAAAUAAGAAAGGAUGUUAUGUAAUAAUUAUAUACAUCUUAAGAGAUUAAAAAAUGGGACAUUAUACUCUGGAGAUUGGCUAGAUGAUAUGAGACAUGGUUAUGGCAAGGCUUUGAAUUUAGAUGGAAGUUAUUAUGAAGGAUUUUUCAAAUAGGAUUAAUAUUAUGGCAUUGGUAGAUUAAUAUUUCAUGAUGGCGAUUAUUAUGAAGGAGAAUUUGAAAACAAUCUUUUUAAUGGGUCUGGUAUAUAUAGUUCUACCUUUUAUUAUGAAGGCGAAUGGAAUAAUGGAGAAAAACAUGGUUAAGGUAAAGAAAUAUGGCCAAAUGGUAUCAUAUAUCAAGGAGAAUUUAGAAAAGGUUAAAAAGAAGGAUAAGGCAAGAUGAUCUUUAAUGAUAACUCUUAUUAUGAAGGGGAAUUUCUUAGAGACACUUUUAACAGUAUGUGUAAUUCCUUUAAUCUAAGAUAAGGGAACAUUCUUUUGGAAUGAUAGUAAGAAAUAUGUUGGUGAAUGGAGAGAUGGAGUCAAAGAAGGCCAAGGGUAAAUGAUUUGGCCUACUGGUUAGGAGUACAAAGGAGAAUUCUUAUAAGAUGAAUUCGAAGGAUAAGGAUAAAUGACAUAUCCAGAUGGAAAGGUUUUCAUUGGAUAUUGGAGAUCAAGUAGAUAGAAUGGUGAUGGUGCAGUCUAUAAAAAUGGAUAACUUUAUAAGAAAGGAAUUUGGAAUAUGGGUACUAUGAUAAAAGAAAUUAAAAAAUGA